ACCGGGGCCGCCUGAGCUUUUUGAGUGCUACGCCCGCGUGUGCUACAACAGCCCGACGUUCCGCACACAGACACCUGCGAAAACCCAUCCAGACCACUGCCGCCAAAAAACCGCUACCGCUGCCGGCGGUCCAGGCAAAGCGGUGCGCGGUAAACCACACCCUUCCCUAUACCUUUGCCUGGCUGCUGAGCAUGAUCUCGCUCAAGUUCCUGUACAGCAGCCCGCUGGGCGCCCUGCUGACGGGCGGCCGGAGCGGCAAGUGCCCGGAGAGCGAGCAGGUGGUCCCGGCCGAGAGGGACCCCAAGGUGGCCGAGGACCCGGACUGGUCCGCCUACGCAGCCGCCAUCCCGCGCGCACAAAGCUUCAAGGGCGUCCUGCUCCAGGGCUACCUGCUUCACCCGCACGUCCUCAGGGGCCUGGCCGACUUCAAGAUUCGCAACGACGACGUCUUCAUCGUCACCUACCCAAAGUCAGGCACGACCUGGAUGGAGGAGAUCGUGUCGCUGAUCAUGAACGGCGGCGACCCGGACCGGGUGAAGAACAAGCUGCUCGUGUACCGGGUGCAACACCUGGAGGUGGGGCCCCCUGUCGGCCACCUGUGGCACCUGCGGAAGACGCGCUCCCCGAGGCUGCUCGCCACCCACCUGCCGCUCAAACUCAUCCCCAAGCAGCUACAGCAGGCCAAGUGCAAGAUUAUCUACGUCGUGCGGAACCCCAAGGACAACGCCGUCUCGUACUACCACCACCACAAAAUGAGCACGUUCCUCGGCAAUUACAAGGGCUCCUGGGACGACUUCCUCACGCACUACACGGGCGGUCACGUGGUGUACGGUUCGUGGUUCGACCACGUUCUGCCGUACUGGAAGUUUAGCCUGGAGCGGCCGGACCGUGUGAUGGUGGUGUCCUUCGAGGAGCUCAAGAUCGAGCUGGGCGCCAUGGUUCAGCGCAUCAGCCAGUUCCUGGGCCGGCCCCUGGGGCCCGAGGCCCUGGCGGCCGUGGCGCAGCACUGCUCCUUCGACCAGAUGAAGAACAACAACAUGGUGAACCGGGAGGUGCUGCCCAUCUCGGACCUCUUCGACAUGACCCAGUCUAAGUUCAUGAGAAAAGGCAUCAUCGGAGACUGGAAAAACUACUUCACGCCGGAGCAGUCGCAGGCAUUCGACGAGCUGUACGCCAAGCGCAUGGCCGGCAGCCAGCUGGAUCUUGUCUUCGAGCCGCAGGAUGCCCUGGACCGCAUGCGAAAGUUCGGCCGCAUCAUCGUGACCCCAGAGCCCAAGGUCAGCUGGAACAACCGAGAGGCCCGCCCGUCCGAAUCGACCACCGACGACAACGACAACGAGGAGGACACCAAGCGACCCUUCCCGUGCUUCUUCGAUCCCCCGCCGGCGGUCCGCCGCAGGGAAACGGUGCUUCAUCACCCCUUCAUGACCCCAGACCCCCUCACGCUAACCGGGUAGCGACGCCAGCGACCAGCCAUCUCUGUUUCCUCUGCCUUGGUGCCUCCCGUACGAGUUCGCUUGUUCUCCCGGUUAGGCCUAAGAAUGCAGUCUAGGCCUGACAACGCGGGUUAGACCUAAGAACGCAGGUUACACCUAAGAACGCGGGUUAAGCCUAAGGAUGCGGGUUAGGCCUAAGCCAGUUCUCUCCCCCUUUUGCCCUCCGGCUUGUGCUUAAGGCCAUCUAAGUACCAGGACCAAGAUGUUGACCGGUGAUGGUCUCCAAGCCAGCCUCGCAACUCCGUCCGUUCUUUGCGAUCGACAAGUACCUGUGAGCUUGGGCAGGGGUUCUGGAGCUUAGGACAUUAUGAAAUUAUUUCACACGACAUCGUCGCGGAGAUCGCCGUGUCGCCCCGGGGAACUAUGAGGUCACUUUGUUGUGCGGCUGUGAAUCUUAAAAAGGCGAGUGCGUGCUUCUGCGAUGCUCCGUAUGAUGAUGGUGAUGAUGAUCUCGGUGUCCGUGGACAGUGCGCGGCGCCGGCGAAGGUGGGACAAUCCCGGCCGAAGUUUCGCGGCCAAAGCGACAGCGAACCAUCUUUUGUACAUAGCCGGUAUAACGUGGCACAUCCGCCCAUGCCACCAGCGAAAAAAAAAACA